AUGGCGGAAUACCGUAAAGAGGGCAGCUCAUCGCCAGAAGGCCACGACUAUGAUCACGACAAGGCACAGUACACGAGCGAGCAGCACCGUGUCACUCCUGACGGAGUGCGCGUACACGGUAUUGAGUAUGAGGAAGGUCGAGCGCUACACCGUGGUCUCAAGGCUCGCCACAUUACUAUGAUAGCCAUUGGUGGUGCGAUUGGUACUGGUCUCAUCAUCGGUACCGGUGCUGCAUUGGCUCGAGGUGGUCCUGCUUCCAUUUUCAUCACCUACUCGAUCGCUGGUUUCAUGGUCUACUUGGUCAUGUGCGCCCUCGGCGAGAUGGCUGCUUGGCUACCACUUUCCUCCGGCUUUACUGGUUAUGCUACACGGUUCUGCGAUCCCGCUCUCGGUUUUGCGGUUGGGUGGACAUACUACUUCAAGUACAUCAUUAUCACGCCCGCUCAAUUGACUGCUGCCGCUCUGGUGAUCAAAUACUGGAAUACCUCGAUCAACCCGGGCGUCUGGAUUACCAUCUUUUUGGUCUGCAUCAUUGCUAUCAACUGGUUUGGUAUCAAAUUCUUCGGUGAAUUUGAGUUCUGGCUCUCAUCGAUCAAGGUUGUUGUUAUCGUUGGCGUCAUUCUACUGUCACUCAUCCUCGCCCUUGGAGGCGGGCCAGAUCACGAUCGUAAGGGAUUCAGGUACUGGAACGAUCCCGGAGCUUUCGCUGAGUAUAUCGACGAUGGCGACGCAGGAAGAUUCUACGGCUUGUGGUCCUGCAUGGUGUCUGCCGUCUUCGCUUACUCAGGAACGGAACUGGUGGGUGUGACUUUUGCAGAGGCACAGAACCCUCGCAAGACCAUCCCAAAAGCAAUCAGACUCACCUUCUACCGAAUCUUGUUCUUCUACAUCGCUUCCGUCAUCCUUCUCGGAAUGCUGGUCCCCUACAAUUCCAAGGAGCUGGCCUUUGCUAACAAGUCCUCGAACUCGGCUGCUGCUUCGCCAUACGUGGUCGCAAUCAAGCUGGCAGGUAUUAAGGUCCUACCUGGACUUCUUAACGGAUGUAUCUGUUUAUUCGUCUUCUCAGCCGCCAACUCCGAUCUCUACAUCGCUUCCAGGACGAUCUACGGUCUUGCAUCUGAAGGUCGUGCUCCUUCUAUCUUCGUCCGGACGAAUGCUCGCGGCUUGCCAUACGUUGGCCUGGGAGUGUCUGCCAUGUUCUGUCUGCUCGCCUACAUGAAUGUCACGGACGACUCGCGGACUGUCUUUAUCUACUUCCAGAACUUGACAACCAUUUUCGGUCUCGAGACGUGGAUCUCCAUCUUGGUCACGCACAUCUUCUUCGUCAAGGCUCGCAAAGCUCAGGGUAUUCCCAACUCAGCCAUGCCCUAUGUCGCGCCACUUGGAAUCUGGGGCUCGUACUUCUCGCUCUUCCUCUGCAUCAUUGUGGCCUUCACCAAGAACUUCGCCGCUUUCACUCACGGUUCGUGGGGAGAUUUCGACUACAAGACCUUCAUCACCGGAUAUCUUGGAAUCCCUCUCUACCUCAUCUUGAUCUUCGGCUAUAAGUUCUGGACCAAGUGCGCCCGUGUUACUGCGCACGACGCCGAUUUCUACACAGGCAAGGAUAUCAUCGAUCGCGAGGAGGAGGAGUUCUUGGCGAGGAAAGCCGCCAUGCAAUCCGGCAAGAAGGAUGGAAGCUGGUUCUACAGACACUUUGUCUCAUGGUUGUUCUAG